AUGCCGACUCCUCCUCGUCGGCCUUCCAACCGUGGAAGGGCGAAGUCCACGCCACACAACGGGAAGCCUCUUGAUAUUGGGCAACCAUUGGGUGUCCACGACAUAAAUUCGGUACGAGAGAAGGUUCGGCGAUGGCAGCAACAAGGUGGAGGUGUUAUUACGGAAAACGAUGUCGGCCCUGAGAGCGACAGUUUCCCGGAGUCUCGCACUGGGAAGCAGAACUCGCCAACAACUAAGAAACAUAGCAGAACGAAAGAGGGUAGCAAGAAUAAGGAGAAUAACGUUCAGCGGGCUCGAAGUAAUAGUACCCCACGCAAGCGGGUUAUUAGCGAUGAACACUGGAGGAAGAAUAGAUCGCCCCCUGCCUCACUACCCCAAAAAGUGACACAUAAGAGGAAGACUGACGUUUUUGACCGGUAUGGGAAGUCGACAUCAACGACCAAGGAAAAGGAGAAGACCUGCGGACAUAGUGGCGGAACCAAUCCCAGCUCCAAUCCUCUGCCCGGCGACGGAAUCAGAGUAUAUGCGACUUCGGUGUCCUCCUCGAGAAGGAGUGAGCGCCCAAAGUCGCGGCAUACCUGCGGAUCCCAGUCUAUUCUUGAAACCGAAGUGGAGAGUUCUGUCGGUGACCAGACCUCGGCCUUUAAAACGCAACAACAGUCACAGCCUAGGAAGCAAAAGGGUCAUGAUUACGGCGCGAGAGACGUGCAUUUACGAAAAAGGCCUGGUGAUGAUGAAUGGUCAACUGAACCCAGUGAGGUUAUCGAACUUUCUGAACAGGAGAAUCGCUCUAGACGACAGACGCACAAGCUCCCACCAAGGACAUUACGGCCUCCUAAAGGGGGCAUUUUCAACCAUGUUAUUGAUGAAUCGAAAAAGAUUUUCGGGAAACACGAGCCCUCGUCAUCCCCGGUACCAGCUCCUCGAAACCACGGAUCUAACGUCGAAGCGUGGCUUUCAUCUACUCCUGACCCCUUUACAGAGGAUGAAGAUCUUCUUGUUCAAGUGCCGUUGCCUCUGGAUUCACGGUCACGGAGAAAAGACCCAUCCCAAAGCGAUUAUGUGGACGACUCUGGCAGUUUUCGGUCAUCAUUGCAAGCAAAAAAUACGAAAGGGAGACGAGGGUCAAAAGGGAAUAAAAGGAAUUCGAAAAGCCCGCCUUCGACAGAAGGGUGGACAGGACCUCACGACGGCACAAUACCCCACAAUGAGCAGCUCAGUGAAAUAUCGGGAGACACCCGGGAAUCUUCGCCACCAACUUUGAGAAGAACAGGAGCAAGGAAGCGUCCAAAUUCUUUUACCGAAGCAGGCAAAAUGUCAACUCUCCAAGAGUCACUUGAUGAAGCUCUGCAAGGGUCGAACUUGGAUCUUCGUUCUUCAGACGGAUCUGAGGUAUCAAUAUCCGAUCGACCACCUCCCUUGACAUUAAGGAGGCCGUUUCCAGGGACUGGCGCCCACCGACUUUCUACGAUAAUGUCUGUGGACACGUUGAGCACUAGAACAGAGACAGCGUGUCAGAAUGAACAACCUACCGAUCUACGGGCAAAUACUCAAACGGACCAUGAUGGGCAGUUGGAGUCAGAAGCUAGGGAUCAAUUCGAUCCAAACUCUCUACCCGGUCCGAAGAAUGGUUUAAAACGUCGGCUUACAACUCAUGCCGAUCUUAUAUCAGUUUUAUCGAUCCCUGGGGAUGGAAGCCGCAGUAUAAGAUCUGCCAGGAGCAUCCGCACAAAUAGAAGUCGAUUGGCAACCGCCACCAUCGACGAUAUAAUGCAAGAAUUUUCAUCUGACGAAGCCAAGUAUAUGCGUGAAUUGAGGACUCUUGUCGGUGGUGUCAUACCUGUUCUGUUAACGUCAGUCUUAUCCAAAUCCGAUUCGGCAAUCGCUGCAGGCCUUUUCCGCCCUUCUGGCAACCCAAGAGACGAUGAAAACUUUACGAGGCCCAUCGUUGAUAUGGGCAUAUCGCUCGAACGACUUAACUCGCUUCAUAAGCGAGCGCCAUUGAAUAACCCGGAGGCUCUUUUAUCCUGGGCUCAAGGUGCGCAAAAAGUUUAUCGGGACUAUUUAAAGGCCUGGCGCCUGGGAUUUCAAGACGUUAUCGUUAACCUUGCACCACCCGACGAUGAUCCGUCGAAUCAAAUCAACCCGGAGACUCAAAGCUUAUACGCCGGGAUGGCGCAGGAUGAAGAUGGGGAUGUAGUAAACGGAGAUGGGGAGAAGGUGGACGUCGCAUUUCUUCUCAAGAGGCCACUGGUAAGACUGAAAUAUCUUUCAAAGACUUUCAAAGGCAUCAACUAUGUACGGACAUCCCCGAAGGCCGAAGAGAUGGCAAUGGUGUAUCAGAGCCUUGUCACGGAUGCUAGGCGACGCUCAAAUGAAGAGAGAGCAAGGCUCGAAGACGAUAUGGCGGCUGCCAUUGACGCUACGAGAGCCCGAAAUCCACGAAACCUCGCCGUACUUGCCGACAUAGCCAUUCAUAAGACUCGACGGGUUCGAGCUCGCGAUUUUUUUAAUCUCUCUUUGCUUCAUUCCACUGGUCAGCAAAUCGAUUGCCGUGCCGAACUUCUACUUCGUGAUAACCCCCCUAACGAAACACCUGGUGGUGACUUGCUAAUAUGCGAAGUCGAUGACACCGGUCGCUGGCUUUUGUUUCCGCCAAUAGACCGGGGCCGAGCAUCUGCUCGAAAUGGUGACGGAAAGGGCGAGAUCAUUAUUAUGAUAAGGGGUGUGCCAGGAGAGGAGAAGGAUUGGAAAGAGUUGAUUACUUUCAAAACAGAUGACGAGCAGAUAGGAUUUGAAUGGGUUCAGAUGAUUGGAUUAAGCCCCGUUCCGCCAAAGAUCGACCGAUCUAUGAGCUUUAUCAAUAGGGCUAAAGCCAGAAACCGGCCCACUAGGGUGCGGCAAGAGGGCUCCGAACUGUCUACCGUGUCUGAGAAGAGAAGCCCAAGUCCCACAGAUAUGGACGUGCCUAUUGGCGAACAGGCUACAGUGGUAUCUCUUGUUACAGGGCGGAAAGCACAUAUUGGCUCUGACACUGAAAUAUCGAGGCAAUCGUUGGGUUUCUCCCGCGAUACCUACAGUCCGAAAGAACCCCUUUCCGUUCCGCAUUCUCGAAAGGAAUCAGAAAAUAUCUCGCUUCAUACACCUACGAAGCCGCGGGAAUCAGUCGCUAAACCCAGAAGCCUUAACGAAGCUAUGGAUAUGGCUGGCGGUGUUUCUCCAACAAAUUUGAGGAGAUCGAAAGCCAAGAGGAGACCUAACUAUGGAGAUUUGUCUAUGUCAAGCCCACCGUCAAGUGGCACAAGAACACCAGAGAAGGAGAGAGGUGUAUCUGAUCUUCCAUUUGCUGGACCUAAAUCUCCCGAGACAAAAUCUACUUAUCCUCAAGAAACAGGUCUAGCUGGAUUACCCAUAAAGAGAGGCUCGUCUCCCGAAAUUAGCUCUCCAAAACCCCAACUCGGGAGACCACUAGGCCGGCGUUCUCUCUCUCCCGUUCCAUCCCUAGAACUGCCGCUUAUUCCUAAAAUCAGGAAAGGCAGUCCCCAAAGCAGCUUAGCUACAUCUCCUCCUAAAGAGGAGACGCCAGCGCCAUCAAUUACGACCAAUAAAGUCAGGCGAAGUCCAGCUAAGCGCAGUGAAGGCCUAGACGAAGAUAUUCUUCGUCGAGACCUCACAGUAUAUACCGAAGAUGUUCCAUUGCCACCACCUCAUAGUUCACCAAGUCCUACCGUUCCAAGACAUUCUACCCCUGUUUUAAGCCCAACGUCGCGUCGCAAUAACCAAAAUCGACGAUCCUCGUCUCCGCUCAAGCACGAGUACGAGCCUUCAACGGCAACAGAGUCUCCAGACAGCUCUGAUACAUCUACCAUUGAGCACCACGAAAUUAACUCUUCCUCGGAGACAUCGGACGAGGAGUUGGAAGGAGAUGACAAUGAAACGCCAUUGCCGCCGGUUGGAGCUCGCCAGCUUUGCAAUAUAUUGCAGCCGUCGGAACCUCCAACUGAUCCGGAGGGAACUCUUGGACCUUCAAAUUCCGCUUCCCAGUCACCAUGCAAAAGUAUUCCACUACAGCCUUCCAAAUCCGCAAAGUCUAUUGCAUUUAUUUUCUCCUGGAAUGAGAAGGGUACUUGGGAGGCACUUUAUCCGGAUGAAUGCAGCAUUGUGAUUACCCCGGGUCUGAUUGAAGCUUAUGAGAUGAAUUUUGAACAUUCGCAACGCGUAGGACCCUAUGAAGAGGACACGGAUUCUGGCAUUCCCUCUGAAAAACCAUUAAUCGCUCUGGAAUUAACCCCUCUUGUCCCAAUUCGACGCGGAACUGCUUUAGAUAUAUCCAUACGCUCACCUCCCACGACAAAAUCCCAAAUCACCACAGGGAACAAUAUCAUGUUCCGUUCACGAAACCCUGAGGAGUGCGAGAAGUUAUAUGGACUUAUCAAUCACUCUCGAAUAAAUAACCCGACCUACAUCGCACUACAGAAUGCCCGCGGUCCGUAUUCUGUGCAGCCUACGUCGCUCGCCCGCCAAAAUUCCAACCGCAGGAGCAGAUUCGGUGGGUGGUUCAAUUGGUCAAGCAGCAGUUAUCGUGCCUCGAGCGCCCCUGCCCCGUCUGUGGCUGGCGUGACGGAUUCCAGCGUUGGCACAAUGUCCAGUGCAUUCUCAGCUCUCAAAAAAUUCGGCGCAGGGAGCAAGAUGUUCAGUAUCGCCCGAUCAACCAUCACAUCCCGCACUGGCAGCCAACGCGGCAGUCUUUACUCAACGUCCACUCGGUCUGGAUCCACCUUCCCAAAUUCACCUUUCGAAACGGGUUAUGACCUUGCGAAAAACGCAGCCGGCGGUAUUGGCCUUUCAAACGCCAAGAUUAGGUUAUAUGCUCGGGAAUCUGCAUCGAAAUGGAGGGAUAUGGGGGCUGCUCGUCUUACAAUCUUGCACGCGCCUUCCGGCCCAUCCCGCCCAGGUACUGCUGGAACUAAUCGAGUAGAUGCUGGGAUAUCUCCUGCAGACUUUGGCAAUAUGGAGCCGAUGACGCCGGAUGGACAACCUUCCGCUGUUCCCGCGCAAGUUGCUCCGGCGGCACCGGUAUCGUCAGCUCGUCGGGACGAAAAGCGCAUUCUCAUCCGAGGUAAGACAAAAGGGGAGGUGUUGCUGGAUGUAUGUCUUGGCGAAAGCAAUUUUGAAAGAGUGGCUAGGACCGGAAUCGCUGUGUCCGUGUGGGAAAGAUAUGAUGGUGUAGCGAAGGAGGGUGGUGUAGUCAGUGGGAAUUUCAAAGUUUAUAUGAUACAGAUGAAGAGUGAGGCGGAGACGGCGUAUACAUUCGGACUGGUAGGGAAACUGAGAUACUAAUUAGGUGGUGGACACAUUGUGCUUUGCAUGAAAACUUGGUUUGCAAAUUUUCUGGCCGGGUUAGUUUGAUCUUUGAUUUUUAGUAGGCACUGGCAUUCUUUGGCUGUUUAUUUGGUGAUAUGGGUGGGAAGGUGGAUGGAUGGAAAUGGCUUGCUGGUUUGGUUGGUUUGCUUUUAAGGAUGAGAAGUGCAAUGAUUACAAUCUCUCGAGCGAU